AUGCUACAAGCGGCGGGACUGAGGUCUCUAACCUCGCUGUGGUCCGCCCGUCGUAUUGUUUCACUUCUUCCGUCCCGUACCGAUGGUGGGUUCGCACAAGAAACCCGGAAACUGGAAGCGCCUCAAGUUUUCGCCUCGAAAGUCAGGUGGAUUCUUUCGGCCAGCGGUCUGCCUCCACCCGAAUGGAUAGAGCCCUUCCAUGAUCUUUCUGACGUAGCAUGUAGAUCUUCUCAUCAGCUUAAACCAUCUCCGUGGGUCAACCAGAUACUCGGGCUUUUGGACAGUUCUUCGGGUAUGGAGUCCAAUCUCGACUCUUUCUGUACCAAGUUCUUGAUCAAGCUGUCUCCAAAUUUCGUGUGUUUUGUUUUGAAGUCUGUGGAGUUAGAGAAAAAGCCUGAAAUUGCUGUGAGGUUCUUCGCUUGGGCUGUUAAGCAAACUAGGUAUGCUCACAGCCUUGAAUGCUACGUUUCUCUUAUUGGUGUUUUGGCUGGAAAUGUCGAUUUGGAUGGAGUGAAACGUGUGUUUCUGGAGUUGAGGCAAAAGGGUUUCUUGAUGACUGUUUCACCCGCAAAUUCUUUGAUUAAGAGCUUUGGGAGUUUAGGAAUGGUGGAGGAGUUAUUGUGGGUGUGGCGUGGGAUGAAGGAAAAUGGCAUUGAACCGAGUCUAUUUACUUACAAUUUUCUGGUGAGUGGUUUAGUUAAAGCAUCGUAUAUAGAGUCUGCGGAGCAUGUUUUUGAGGCCAUGAGUAAUGGAAAGAUUCAACCAGAUGUUGUUACUUAUAAUACAUUGAUUAAAGGGUAUUGCCAAGUGGGCAAAACCCGGAAGGCCUUUGAAAGAUUGAGAGACAUGGAAUCGACAAACUUGCCAGCAGACAAGAUCACUUACAUGACACUGAUUCAAGCAUGUUAUGGGGAGAGUGAUGUUGAUACGUGUUUGUCUUUGUAUCAUGAAAUGUGCGAAAGGGGGCUGGAGAUCCCGCCUCAUGCAUAUAGCUUAGUGAUCGGAGGGCUUUGUAAAGAAGGGAGAUGUAUCGAAGGGUAUACUGUUUUCGAGAAUAUGAUUCAAAAGGGAUGCAAGCCUAACGUUGCAAUAUACACGGCUUUGAUUGACUCCAAUGCAAAAAUUGGUAACACAGGAGAGGCAAUGCUGCUCUUUGAGAGGAUGAAAAGGGAAGGGCUUGAACCAGAUGAGGUUACUUAUGGUGUCAUUAUCAAUUGCCUGUGUAAGAGUGGGAGGUUGGAAGAGGCGAUUAGUUAUUUGGACUUCUGUAAAGAAAAUGGAGUGGCAGUAAAUGCUAUAUUUUACUGCAGUUUGAUUGAUGGUCUCGGCAAGGCUGGGAGAGUCGAUGAAGCAAAGAGACUAUUCAAUGAGAUGAGGGAAGAAGGUUGUCUGCCUGAUUCAUAUUGUUAUAAUGCUCUGAUUGAUGCACUUGCCAAAUGUGGUAAGAUUGAUGAAGCAUUAGGUCUCUUUAAGAGAAUGGAAGCUGAAGGUUGUGAUCAAACUGUUUAUACAUAUACCAUUCUUAUGAGUGGAUUAUUCAGAGAACACAGAAAUGAAGAGGCAUUGAAGCUAUGGGAUAUGAUGACUGAUAAAGGCAUUACACCAACACCGGCUGCAUUUAGAGCCCUAUCGAUUGGGCUCUGUCUGUGUGGGAAGAUAGCCAGAGCUUGUAAGAUUUUGGAUGAGUUAGCACCGAUGGGUGUUAUUCCCGAGACAGCAUAUGAAGAUAUGCUGAAUGUGUUAUGUAAAGCAGGAAGGUUGAAGGAGGCAUGUAAGUUGGCUGAUGGGAUUAUAGACAGGGGCCGGGAAGUUCCUGGAAAAGUUCGCACUGCUCUACUGAACUCAUUAAGGAAAGCUGGGAAUGUAGAUCUAGCCUUGAAAUUGAUGCAUAGCAAGAUUGGUAUUGGAUAUGAUAGAAUGGGUAGUGUUAAAAGGAGAGUGAAGUUCCGAAUUCUCCUUGAUAUCUAG